AGGUACCUAUCGUUCGGACACUUCUGCUAGCAUCAACAGCAUUUCAGCCACUUUGUAAAUACGUACUGUAUAUAUAGCGAGAUGAGCACACAAACGCGUUCUGGAGGCGGCGGCGGCGGCGGCCGUAACAAGUCCAAAGCCAAACAGCACGAUAAUAAGGAAAACUUGGCCAAGGACGAGGGACAGCAACAGUCACACCAGUUGCCACAGCAGUACCCGAAGGGUGGCUCAGCCUCGAAUACCGCGGUCACCAACAACAACGCCAGUGGCAGCGGCGAUGGUGGCGCCUCUACAGCGUCCGGUGGUGGCGGCGGCGGCAAGGGGGGCGAUUACCAGAAACAUAAGGGAAGCGCCGGCGGCAAAGGCACAGACAAUGCCGGCCCGAGAGUGGUUGAUGCGAAGGAGAAGCAGAAGGAGUCCGGCGGCGGUGGAUCGACGUCGGCGGCCGGCAACAGCGGCGAGAAGUCGUCCACAUCCGGUGGUGCAGCCUCUGGUGGCGCCAGCGGCGGAGGUGCGAACGCCACUCACACGGCGGUCAAGUCGAAGCAACCGACUGCCGAACAGAUUCGCAUUGCCCAGAUCACAGACAUCAAGAGCAGCAUGGACGAUCCGAAGAUACAGGAGAAGAUCCAGAGCCUGAUGGAGAUGACACAGCGGUCGGAGGAGGAGGUGUGCUGCGCGCUGCAGGAGUGCGACAGCGAUUUGGACCGUGCGGUCAUCUUUCUGCUCGAGACGCUACCGGUCGGUGCGUUCGCCACGACGUCCAAGAAAAAGAAGAAUAAAUCUCAGGCGUUGGCGAAGGACGGUGCCGACGACGGCGACUGGGAUAUGGUCGGGACGAGCAACAGCGGUGGAGGCAGUGGCGUUCAGCUUGGUGGCAUCAACGUCGACCUGAAGGAGCAGCAGCGCCGCGGUGGUAACCGGGGCGGCAACCAGCGUUCGGGAGGUGGCGGUCCAGGACGAGGUGGACGCGCCGGCGGCUACCGCGACGGUGGUGGCGAUCGGGAUCGCGACCGCGAUCGCAACGGCUACGACAAGGGCGGCGAGAGCUACCGUAAUCGCGCCGGCGGGGACGGCGGUCGGAUGCGCGGUGGGCGAGAUGGCGGCGGCGGUCCGGGAGGCCCCGGUCGUGGCAACUAUGGGUCGCGCGGUGGUCGCGGAGGCGGCCCCCGGCUCGGCACCAGAGGGCCAGGAUCGCGCGACCAGAAUCGCGGCCCGCGGAUGAUGAACAACGAUCAUCAGGAGAUCGACGCCUGGGAUCCGGUCGCGACCUCGUCGAACGCCAACGAUCUCAAACCGGAGGAGAGUUCGGCCUUCACCGACACCUGGGGCGACUGGGACAACGAGGAGUACACGGGCUCGCUGUCGGAUACCAAAGUUUUUACGGCUAGCACCACGUCACCGGCGACGGCAUCCGUUGCCGCCACAACGCAGCAGCAGGCAGGAGCAUCAGCAGGAGGAACCCAGUCGGCUGCGACCAAUUCCUCGGAGCUGGCGGCCCCACCGGGUCUGGAGCAGCAGGUAUUGAAUCCGCCGCAGCAGAAGGAAACGGAGCUGGUGCAGCAGUACAGCACGACCGUGGUGUCCAGCACGGCCACGGCUGCGGUUGCUGCCGGCGCCGGCCCGGGUGGCGUUUCCGCCUCCACUACCGCUCAGUAUUCGGAUCUGCACGCGGGCGCACCGACGAUCGCCCCGUCCAGCGCAACCGCUGCCCAGCACCUGCGCCAGGCGCUCGACAUGGCCCCGCUGGCCGCGUCCUCGUCGCUGUCCGCCGAGCAAACUCAGUAUUUCAGUACUCUUUCCUCUCAGAAUUCCAAUCUCCAGCAGCCGGGCGUCGUCGUCGGUGCGUACCAGCAGCAGCAGCCUGGCCAGACACAGGGCGGUGGUGCGCAGAUGGUGUCCCAGCAGCCGGUCGUUGGUCCCGGCGCCCCAUCGCAGCAGCCGUCGCAAGCCAGUUCCGUGCAAUACGCCACCGGCUACGGUGGUACCACUGGCGCCGGCGACGUGGUCGCAGCGGCUCCGACGAGCUACGCGGCUGCCGCAACGCAGCAGCCACCGGUUCGGCGGCAGCGGGCCCGUGUGCCUCCACCUUCGAAAAUCCCGUCCACGGCCGUGGAAAUGCCGGGCGACAGCAUGAACAACAUCGGCUACCUGGACGUGCAGUUUGGCGGUCUCGAUUUCGGCACCGACGACACGUUCGACGUGGUGGCGGACAAGUUUAACACCUCGGGUGGCGCUAGCGACCAGCAGCCUUCGUCUAGCGUCGUUGGCCAGCAGCAGCAGCAGCAGUCCACGGUCGGCUCGCAGGCAGUCCAAUCGGUCGUACAAACGCCGCAAGUCGCUGCGUCGCAGCAAGCGCAGCUGCCGCCCGGGGCUGGAGGAGUGCAAUCGCAGCAGGUGAGCGCACCGGCCAUUCCCCAGCAGCAGCAACAGCAGCCGACGCAGCAGCAGCAGGUUGUACCGCCUGGCCAGCCGCAGCAACAGCAACAGCCGGUGGUGGUCCAGCAGCAGCCCGACGUAAGCGACUAUCAGUCGGCGGCGGCGAAGGUCGGCGGACCCGGCGGCCCCAACGUGGCCGGUGGCGUUGUGCCGAACAACUUGCAGCAAAAGCCAAACCUCUCCGGUGCGCCUGGCCUGGUGGCGCCGUCUCAGAUCCUGCCCGGCCAGGGAGCCGCUCCCGAUGGGCUGGCCACUCAGAACGACACCCUGGCGAACAGCUACUCGCAGCGCACCAAUGCGUCCGUGUCGUCGUCGGUUAGUGCUGGCGUGAAUUCUAUGAGUAACGCUGCAGCAGCACUGGAUCAGUUGACGAAAUCAGCGGAUCCGUAUGGGCAGUCGGCGGGCACGAAUGCGUCCGCGACCGGUGGCUACCAGAACGCGCCAUACUCGUCGGGUCAGAGCAACAAAACAGGCUCAUAUCCGCCGUCCGGUGCACCGCAAGGCUACAACAACAUGAGCUACUCCAACAACCAGGUAACCAACGCGUACCCACCAUCGACGAACAACUAUAGCUCGUACAACCAGGGCAACGUGAACACGUUCCAGCCACCGAACAGCAAUGUUGCCAGCAACGUUGUCCCGAACAGCAACACUGGCAGCUCGGUCGGCGGCCAGUCGAAUCCGAACCUACCGGUAAACAACAACGUGAACAACAGCAGCUCGAACAGCAAUGCUGGCGGCUAUCUGUCCAGUCAGUAUCCGGUUAGCCAGACGUCGUCUGCCUUCCCGUCGCAGCAGAGCUAUCAAAAUAGCUCCCAGAACGUGUACGGCAACACGGGACUGAACAGCAACACAGGGUAUUCUGGAAGCACAAACACUUCAUCCGGCCAGUAUGGUAGUAAUUUUAGUACGUCGAAACUAAAGGAUGCACCGGUGGUUUCAACGCCCUUCGAAAGCGUGGCAUCCAGUACGGUUUCGAAUAGCAGCACGAACAAUGCGAACAAUAACAACGUGACCAGCUCGAGCUCGCUGCCCAACAGCUCCGUGGUAUCCACGACAACGAAGAGCAGCAGCAGCAGCAGCGCCGCUGGCGGUGGCGUGGUCCCGAACAUCCCGAUGGUCAGCCCGUACAUACAGGCCACCGGGAUGCCGGGAUUCUAUCCGCAGGCAACAGCCCUCUACUCGUACGAAGAUCUGCAGCUCAUACAGCAGCGUAUGCCGCACGUGCCUAACUUCUACGACCUCAACUACCAGACGCCCACGAGUCUCGGUGCGGCCGGUGUGCGCGACGGCAAUCUCGGUUCCGUCGCCUACUCGACCAUGUCCGACGGUCGGUUCACGCGAACCGACAACAACUCGUCGCCUGUCAGUAGCGUCCAGAGUUCCUUGUCCCAGCAAACAGGGUCUGGUGGUCCGAUGCUGAAUCUGCCGUACGCUUACUUUUACGGCACCAACGUGAUGCCGGCCAGCGGCUUCCAGUAUGGCACACCAGCGAUCUAUCCUCAGCAACUGCCGACGAAUGCUGCAACUUCCGGUGGCCAGUUCCAGAAACCGGCGUACAACAGCGGAUACGGUUCGGCCACGGGCUACGAUACGCUGGGACAGUCGGGACAGGACUACAACAAGAAUGCGUACCAGGCGUCGAUCGUCGGGCAGCAGCAGUCCAAGGGUCAAACGGUGGCCAAUCCGCAGUCCGGCACUGGCAGUGGCUCCGACAUGGCCCCGUCAAUGUAUGGCAAGAACCAUGUCGCAAUUAACAAAGUCAAUCAGUAUGACAAACAAUCGUUCCAAUCGGGAACUCCGCCACCGUACAACAUCGCCGGAACGCAGACGGCCGGUGCUACGUCGGGCCAACCGUACGGUCAGCAUCUCUACAUACCAACGAUGGCAACGCAUCACAACAUGAACAUGCAUCAAACUAUGCAUCAGGAUUCCAACAGCAGCGGUCAAAGACCGCAAUCCAACAACCAGGGAAAGACUGCAAAUAAGCAAGGCUAUUCUCCGUCUACUUACUGGACCGGACAAAACUAGAGAGCGCUAGGGCGGCGGGCGCGCGAGCGCUAGAGAGACACACAGAGGAGAAGGAAGUUAAAAUAAUAUGAAGCAGUAAAUUAGGCGGUGUGUGGUCGAAGCGAAGGGAAUGCUUGAAGUAUGGCAUAUAGUAGGAGUACGUAAAACAAAGGAGGAAUAAGCAGCAGAGCAAAAGCCAGCGGUAUAAUACUGUAUAAACACGUGGUAGUGUGAUUCGAUAGAUUCUUUCCAUUAAAUAAACAAUACUACACACAUAAACAAGGACACAAAGAAGGAGAAGAACUAGAAGGUUACAAACAUAUAACUAAACUUUUACGUGCAGUUAUUGAAAAUGGAGAGAAAGGAAAGGCAUUGUGAAACACAUUGGCAAAGAGAGCAAAUCACACAUACAGACAGGCACACACACAGCCAGACAGAACAGACACUCAGACAUAUUUAAAUUCUUUGAGACACAGGCAAAGGGCUAGCAGUUAGUCUCUUCGGCUCGACCGUGUCCUCGUGAUCUCUAUCCGACGGAAUGGAAUUCUAUUUUACGUUUAUAACUCACGCAUAAAUACCAUACGCAUAUGCAUAAUACAUGAAUCCGAGA